GAAUUAAGUCUUGCUAUUGAAUAGUGCAUCUAUUGCAUGCAUUUAAAAAAGGUUUGGCUGGGAACAAGAAGGCGAUACUUCGGCUGUCAAAGGUAUCCCAGCUCGUUAAAGUCCUGCUCGCCUUCUCAGCUUCCUCCAAAAUAUUGUGAUAGUUAUAAUAACAACAUGAGUAAGUCUCCAGCAAAGGAUCCUGAAGAGGGAUCCUCUAGCAGUGGCGACGAAAAUAGCAGCGGCAGCGACAGCAGCAGCAGUGGCAGUGGCAGUCGCAGCGGCAGUCGCAGCAGCAGCUACAGCGAUGGUAGCCGCAAGAUUUUCUUGGUCCAGGCCAAGCCAGCUUACCCUGAGAAGCUGGAAAAUGCUGAUGCCAAUUGUAAUGCCUUGGUCCAGCCAGUAGCCGCCGAGCCGGACGAUCGUGAGGCGAAACUUGAAGAGAUGGUUGAGCAGGUUGAAAAGUAUUGCAAGGAUAAGUAUCAGAGUAGACUGUCCGCAGAGUUCAAGACUGAGCUACCAACAAUUGAUGGUAAUUUGGUAAGUGAUCUCGACCGGGUAUUGCGUAUGCCACAUUUUAUGCCCGUCGAGCCGAAAGCCUACGAGGCGCAUACCUUUCAGGACGCUCUGCGCCCAGAAGAUCUCAACGACCGGGAGGCUCGUGACGCAUUUAUUACCAAACUGAUGACCACUGUGCGCUGGCGCGAGUGCCAGGAUAAGACAACCGGCGCGCUCUACAAGGAGUCCAACGCGCGCAUCGUGCGCUGGUCCGAUGGCUCGGAAACCUUUCACGUUGGCGGCGAGGCUUUCGAUGUUGUGAACCAUCCCAUGCCCGCAGGGCAGAAUCAGCUAUAUGUGCGCCAGGGCAGUUACUAUCAUAUGCAGGGCCCCAUCAAGGAUAAGCUGUCGCUGCGGCCCAAACUGGAGUCAAGCUUUGGCCAAAGUCAUGUGCAGGGUUUGCGCAAACUUGCAUUCUAUAAGCCAGUCAAUAGCUGUGUAAAGGUACUCAUGGAUCUUAGCACCAAUCCAGCGCUCGAUCGCGAGCGCAAAGUCAAGGAGGAGCAGGCUCAGGAACGCAAAGAGAAAUCAGACAAGCGUCGCGAGCAAAAGAAUCAACGCAAGCCCAGGGUGAAGCCCAUGCGGCACUGCACGGCUGAUGAUACCGAUAUGGAGACAUCUCUACAGACAAAUGAAACCGAAGGCGAUCGUAAUCUCGAUGAACAGGAUGACAAUCCGAAUCCUGUGGCUGUGCUGCCUGAAGUCAAACGUGCUCCAGGCAUACGCACGAAUCGCAACACAGACAUUAAGCCAACAAAGUACGAAGAUGGAAGCGACGACGAUGAUGAGGAUGAGGAGGAUCAGAAUAAUCCGGCAAAAAAAGGAGAAUCUGUAGAACAAGCGAAAUUAAAACCCGAGUCCAAUACGAAAUCGUUUGCAAAACAACUCAAACCCAAACUUAAGCGCAAACAAGCAAUCCUUAGUGAUUCCGAAUAAAUUUAACACAAUUCCCAAUAUUCAAAUGCGGUUUCAGUAAUUACAAUUGCAUUUUAGGCACUGCAGUCGGAGCAGGCUCUUCCUUCUGCUGUUUAUUUAUAAACCUGACUAGCACUUGCUGCAAACGUUCCUUGCGUUUUGUCACCUUUGCCUUAAUUAGUAGGUCGCUACAGGCAUAUUUGUAAUAAUGCAACUAGUAUAUAUUAGGUGCAACAUCACCCUUUUGUCCGGCAAAUGAUGUCAGAUAUGCAACACUGCCACACCUCAAAGCUGUUAAUCUCUGGGGAAGGCAAUAAGUGCCAGGUUUGGGAAUGCUCAACGGAAGUCUACCCUCAGUUACUUAUCUGCAUAUAGUUUGGCAAAUAUAAGUACAUAUAUAUUAAAUAUUGUUAUAAAUCUU